GUUUACCAUCCCAAACAGUGCCUUGUGUCACAUCCUCGUAGUCGUCUCUCUGUCAGUCCAUUUCCAUAUGUGCCUAAUACCGCAGUACCGCCUCUUGUACGACCAUUCAAAAUCGAAAGCUAGGGUUCUUCAACCCCAAAUUUUGACGUCUUUCGAGUUCCUCCACCUCAAUUCACCAUGGAACAACGAGAAGAGGAAGGUAAGGUGAAUUCGGAGAUGUACAGGCCGCGCCUCGAACACGAGGAGGGAGUGUCUCGGGGUUUUGAUGAUUCUGCUGAGGGAGUUGAGCUAAUGAGCGUUGAUCAAUGCGAGAGUAUGCGGGAAAUGGAUGAUUCACAGCUUGUCGGAGCUCCGGUGACCGUAGCUGGAGAUGCCGAGAUAUUGGCGAGACAGGAAGUGCCGAUGCAGGUGGUGGUGGGUUUGGAGGUGGUUAAGAGUGCGGCGGCGAGGAACUCAGAGGAGAGUAUUAGGAAGCCUAGACGGGGCCGCCCCCCGAGAAGUCAAGGAAGGUCGACGCCAGCUCAGCCGCCUCCAAGACGGAGGAGAGAUGAAGAAGAUGUUUGCUUUAUCUGCUUUGAUGGUGGAAGUCUAGUGCUAUGUGAUCGUCGGGGCUGCCCUAAGGCAUACCAUCCGGCUUGUAUCAAGCGGGACGAGUCAUUCUUUCGAUCAAAGGCUAAAUGGAACUGUGGUUGGCACAUAUGUAGCAGUUGUCAAAAGGCUUCCCAUUAUAUGUGUUAUACUUGUACAUUUUCACUGUGCAAAGUAUGCACAGAAGAUGCUGAUUACUUGUGUGUAAGAGGGAACAAAGGAUUUUGUGGAACAUGCAUGCGAAUUGUGAUGCUGAUUGAAAAUAUUCCGAUGGGAAAUAAGGAAGUGGUUCAAGUGGAUUUUGAUGACAAAAGUAGCUGGGAGUAUCUCUUCAAGGUUUACUGGAUUUAUCUAAAACAGAAGCUAUCUUUGACUUUAGAGGAGUUGACUAAGGCUAAAAAUCCGUGGAAUGCAGUUUCAGCAUUGCUACCUAAGGUAGAAUUUCCUGGUGGAUUUUGCAAUAACAAUGAUGAGAAAGUUUGUAGUUUGGACAACUCCCGUAGAAAUCUGGAGGGAAAGAAUUCUAAGAGAAGAAAAACCAGGAAUCAGCCAUAUCUUUUCAACCAAGAUUUUAGAGGGUUGGGAAAAUCAGGUGGUGAUGAAGGGAAAUCUUUACCUGAAAGCAUUCCUUGGGCAACGAAGGAACUUUUAGAGUUUGUUGCAUACAUGAAGCAUGGUGAUGGCUCCAUGUUAUCCCAAUUUGAUGUCCAGGCUCUUCUGUUAGAAUAUGUAAAGAGAAACAAUCUUCAUGAUCCCCGUCAGAAAUGUCAAAUUAUAUGUGACUCGAGGCUUAUAAAUCUUUUUGGGAAAGAGUGUGUAGAUCAUUUUGAAAUGUUGAAGCUUCUUGAAUAUCACUUUCUUAUAAAAGAAAGUGUCCCAGCAAAUAAUAUUGCUGAUCCCAUCAUUGGCAAUGGAGAGGCUUCCGAAAGCAAUGAUAACCAGCUGACGAUAAAUAAUGAUAGGAAGUGUAAAACAUGUAGAAUGUCUGAUGAGCGAGGAGUACAGUCUCAUCGUAAUCAAUACGCUGCAAUUGAUGUCCACAACAUUAAUUUGUUAUACUUGAAGCGUAAUUUGAUGGAACAUCUAAUAGGCGAUCCAGAAAAUUUUCAUAACACAGUUACUGGCUCCAUUGUGCGGAUAAGAAUUCCUGUUGGUGAUCAAAAGCGAGACAUGUACAGGCUAGUCCAAGUUGAAGGUACUAGCAAGGUGGCUGAAUCAUAUAAAGUUGGCACAAAAACAACUGAUGUCAUGUUGGAGAUUUUGAACCUGGACAAGAGAGAGGUUGUAUCCAUAGAUGGAAUUUCUAAUCAGGAGUUCUUGGACGAUGAGUGUAAAUGCUUACGCGAGAGUAUAAAAUGUGGGCUUAUCCAACGAUUGACUGUGGGGGAGAUUCAGAAGAAAGCUAUCGCUCUCCAGGCUGUGAGAGUUAAGGAAUGGCUGGAAGCAGAGGUAUUGAAGCUUAAUCAUCUUCGUGAUCGAGCUAGUGAAAAUGGUCACCAGAAAGAGCUUAGAGAAUGUGUGGACAAAUUAGAGCUUCUAAACUCACUUGAGGAACAUCAGCGCAGGCUUCAUGAAAUUCCCGAAAUCCAUACUGAUCCUAGUAUGGAUCCAAGCUAUGAGUCCAAGGAGGAUGAUGGAGAUGGAGAGCUAGAUGAAAAGAAACAAGAUGCAGGUGAUCUUGUGCAACUGAGAAAAUCAGUUGUCUCAAUAAGGGGAGUGGAGGUAAAAUCGCCAGGAAGUGGAGGUGGCGUCUUUAAUGAUAUAGGAAGCAGGGCACUGAAGAAUUUAGCUACUUCCCAUGAUCAAAGUAGAAACGCCACGUUUUAUGUGGAUAAAGAUGGUACCACUCUGGUUCAUGAGCCAGUGGAUGCAUCUACGUGGAAUCAGGGAGGAGAAUCAUUUGGUUCAAAUAAUUGGACUCCGCCAAAGAACCAUGUUGGCUCUGCUAGUUCAGUGACUAGUACUUGGAAUAAUCAAGCUGCACUGCAAUCUAAAUUGCAAUCACGGGGUGCAUCAGAAAGUUCUGUACCACCUUGUUCAACGCCUUCUGAAGAGUUUCACGUAACUCCAUCACUUAAAGCAAGGGAAGGUUGCGAAGAUGAAAAAUGGAAUGCUAGUCAGAGUAACGUAACUAUAAAUCCACCUAAAACCACGGCCAGUCAAAGCAGUAUUGCGGACGGCAAUUUGAAACAAGCUGACGGUGAGAGCUACUCAGGCCACACUUCUGAGCAAGGUCUGGAGCCUCAACCCAUCAAAAGUUCUUCAAAUGGAUGGGUUUCUGGCUCUGGUAUUGUUUCUUUGACCAUGGCUCUUGAAACAUCACAGCAGAAACAGGAAAUUCAUUUCCCUGAUUUUUCCAGUCCCACACCAAAGCACAGUCAAGGAGGGUUGGAAGGUCAGGCUACCGACAACAAACAAUCUCUGUCCUUGUGUGUUCCUGUCCUGGAUUCAGGCCCUAGUUGGAGUUCUACUUCCAGUCUAUUAGGUGGUGAAUUGCAGCUCCCAGAAGUUCCUGGUGAUGGCUUUAAGGGUUCUCCUACUCGAACAAAACCUUCCGCUAAUGAAUGGGUUCCCAAUCUUGUGUCUUCAUCUUCUUUGAGACCAGUUGAAGUGGCCAGUGAUUAUGCUGCUACUCCAACUUCUGGAAGCAGCCAACCACCACAUUCUUCUGCAGUCCACCUGGCUAAUGCGUCUAGUUGGCAGGCAUUUGUUCCUGAACCUACCGAGUUCUGCUCUUUACCAGAUGAAUCUGUUUCGGAUCUGCUGGCCGAAGUUGAAGCAAUGGAAGCUCUUGGCCGUUUGCGUUCGCCUACUUCAAGUUUAAGUUGUGGUGUGGAAUUCACACGAGGAACUGAAAAUGAUUGCUUUAGUCCUAUAGAGGGGUUUAGCCCCAUUCGUGAACCAGGAAAAAGUGAUGCCCUGAGUUCGACUGGUGAUCUGCAAAUUCCUUCUCAUGGCACUGUAGUAAAUGAAUCACUUGGUGUAGCUGAGACUUUCAUCCUCACUGGUGAUUUACAGAUGCCUUCUCAGUCAACAGGAACGAAUGAAUCACUUGGAGUAUCUCAAAUCGUCACUCUCGAUCCCCAAAAAAGGUCUGGUGGACAUCCUUCCCCAAAUGCUGACGUACAGGGAGAUGCAAAACCAAGUGAUGCUUCAGUUAACCAACGGGAAGCAGAAGCAGAUGUGAAGCAUCAUCGUGUACCAUCCAAAUCAGAAGUUAGCAAGGGAACGGUCUUUGGGAGCGCAAGCUCAUCCCGGGGAGGACAAGCUCAAGGAAAUGCGAACGUCAGUUUGGGGAUCAGUCAGGGGACUGGAUGUCAGAACAACAACGAGAACUCAGCCACUUCUACUGGGAAUGCAAGCAGUUGCAGAAACCAAUCAAGGCAUGUCACAGAAAGAUUGUCCGGCCAAAGAGAUCGCAACCGUUUUCACAAUAGAGAUUCAGGAUUUGGUAAGGCUAGGAAUUUUUGGAACAGGCAGGCAGCACCAGGUGGUGUAAAUGGAGGAGGCUCAUUCAGAGCACUGCCCAAAGGGCAGAGAAUUUGUAAAUUUUAUGAAAGUGGGUAUUGCAAGAAGGGAGCAUCGUGUAGUUAUCGGCACCCAUGAGUUUUGCACUAAACAAGCAAUUUAUUUUUGUAAUCAUUAUUUGUAUCAGGAAGUUUACUACCAUUGUUAUAUUAACUCUAAUUGAAUCUGGACGGACAGUUGUACCAUAAUACACAUUUGUUUCCUGGUGCCA